AGACAACGGGGCAUUUUUACAAGUGAAAGGUACACAGGAUCGUCUUGAACCGGAUGUGUCGUAAUGUAAACGGGACUCAACCGGAUAUUCAAGUGUGUCCAACAGAAAGUGGAAGAAACGGAAUCACAAUGAAUACACGAGGACUCCGCUCUCAGCUGAAAGACAGCGUACCUGUGGCAGGCUUGUGUCCACAGGGAGCUUAUGGUGUGCAGGACUCUCUGCGUAGUGGAUUUACCAGCGUAAAGAAUGAGCUCCUUCCAAGUCACCCGCUGGAGCUGUCCGAGAAAAAUUUCAUGCUGAACCAGGACAAGAUGAACUUCUCUUCUCUCAGAAACAUCCAGGGUCUGCAUGCUCCACUUAAACUACAGAUGGAGUACAGAGCCGCUAGACAGAUCCAGCGUCUGCCGUUCUUACAGAGUUCAAACCUGGCUCUAGAUACGCUGCGAGGAAAUGAUGAGUCCAUUGGCUUUGAGGACAUCCUCAACGAUCCAACCCAGAGUGAAAUGAUGGGCGAGCCACACAUGAUGGUGGAAUACAAACUUGGACUGAUGUAAAAUAUGAUGGACACACAUAUUACACAGCUACAUGCAUAGAUUUAGGUUUAUUAUUUGUCUGCAUCCAUUUGUUUAUUGGCUUGGGGAUUAAGUUGGUAAUCUUUGGGGAAAGAAAAGGGGUUUGAUGGGGGUGUGUGUGUGUUGGGUCACCCUGUCAAUCACAUAGAUCUGGAGUUUUAAACAGUCAUUCAGCCAAGCAUUCAGUCCUGCUUUUGUAUGAUUCCAAUCCGGUUGUUAUUUCUAAUAAACAUCAUAACUUUC